AAUCGAUGCAUAUUCAAAUCAUUGAAUCCCCCACAUUCUAUUCAUUUACUACUUUUAUCAAAAAUUUCCCUUUUUAUCCUCCAAUUCAACCCUCUCAUCGGUGAAAAACCAAAGCGUCGGCAAUUUCAGUUGGACGUUUCUGUGUGUGCGUGACUCUGUGUUUCAACACAUCGAUCUGUAUUCCAAUUUUUUUAAAAGAGCCACCGAGAGACAGAGAGAGAGAGUUUUGUGGGGGUGCGUAGGAUAAGCAGAGGACUCUUAUGGUUGUUGGAGAACACUCACUUUGAGAGCUCUUAGUCGUACAUCCUACACCCACUUUCUCAACCAUGGCGGCGCACUUUAGCAGUGGGAAUAGGAGAGAGGUGGUGAUGGGUUUGAAGAUUCUCUGUUGCUUAUUUGCAUUCUUGGUGCCACUCUGUAAUGGAGGCAGAGUAAGCACAUCUUUUCAGAAUCUUGAGGUUCAGAAGCACUUGAAGCGUUUGAACAAACCUCCCCUCAAAUCCAUCAAGAGUCCAGAUGGAGAUGUAAUCGACUGUGUCCAUAUCUCCCACCAACCAGCUUUUGAACAUCCUCUCCUCGGGAACCACACUGUUCAGAUGAGACCAAAUUAUCACCCAGAAGGGCUAUUUGAUGAAAGCAAAGUGUCCACUCCUUCAGAGAGCAGUGGAGGAACAAGCCCAAUUACUCAGCUUUGGCAUGUAAAUGGGAGGUGCCCAGAAGGGACAAUUCCCAUCAGAAGGACUAGCAGUAAAGAUCUCCUCAGAGCAAGCUCUAUCCAGAAUUAUGGGAAGAAGAACCACAAAACCUUCCCUCAACCCAAGUCUGCUGACCCUGACCUUAUCAAUCAAGGUGGCCACCAGCAUGCAAUAGCUUAUGUGGAAGGAGAUAAAUACUAUGGAGCAAAAGCGACUAUAAAUGUUUGGGAGCCCAGGAUUCAGCAGUCUAAUGAAUUUAGCUUGUCACAGAUUUGGAUAUUGGGUGGCACUUUUGCUGAAGAUCUCAACAGCAUUGAAGCUGGAUGGCAGGUGAGCCCAGAUUUAUAUGGAGAUAAUAACACCAGACUUUUCACCUACUGGACUAGUGAUUCUUAUCAAGCCACGGGCUGCUACAACCUCCUUUGCUCAGGCUUUAUUCAAAUCAACAAUGAGAUAGCAAUGGGGGCAAGCAUCUACCCACUUUCUGGCUAUCAUAAGUCCCAAUAUGAUAUCAGCAUACUUGUCUGGAAGGAUCCAAAAGAAGGCAAUUGGUGGAUGCAGUUUGGGAACAACCAAGUGCUAGGUUACUGGCCUGCUUUCUUGUUUUCAUAUUUGACUGACAGUGCUUCAAUGAUUGAGUGGGGAGGAGAGGUUGUGAACUCAGAAUCAGAUGGGCAACACACCACCACUCAAAUGGGCAGUGGACACUUCCCUGAGGAAGGGUUUGGCAAGUCUAGUUACUUCAGGAACAUUCAGAUAGUAGAUGGUUCCAAUAACCUAAGGGCUCCUAAAGAUGUCAACACCUUCACUGAGCAGUCCAACUGCUAUGAUGUCCAACUUGGCAAGAAUGGUGAUUGGGGCAAUUUCUUCUACUUUGGUGGUCCUGGUAGAAACCCUAAUUGUCCAUGACCAAUUUGAAAGAAAAAAAAAACGAAAAAAAAAUAAUAAUAAUUAGUAGUGUUAUUCUUCUGCCCCUAUUCUCCCAAGUCAACUUUAAAUGUACUUAUGUGACCACCAUUAUUAUUGUACCUCUCUUUUAGGUUAGACUAGUAUAGCAAUGUGCGAAUCUCUCUUUGUAGUGGGAAUAUAUAUAUAUAUAUGUAUAUUUUUAAUUACUUUUUCUUUUUCUUUUUUUAAUUAAAUUGUUGGAGAAAGAAAGGUGGUCAAGUUUCUCAAACUCAAGAACAGGCAUCUUUCAUACUCCUUAUAUAAAUGUAUUUGCUUGAACGCUCCUAUCUUGGGAGUGGUAGUUUGUUAAUGGAUGAAUCAAAUUUAUAUAUGUUGUGUAUUUGAGUACA